AGACGUAACAUCGCUCCUCCCCCUCACGCUCUCGGGAUGGCCGCCAUUUUGGGAGUCAAAAACACUCGCCGUUAGCAAUACCUGCUACAGCAGCUAACGGGCUAAGUUGGGCUCGCCAAGCUCCACGCACUCCCCCGGCGGCUGGCUAUGGUUCACACCUGUGUGGUGGCUGGCUGUAGGAACCGCAGGACGCCUGGCACCGGCCUGUCCUUCUACCGCUUCCCGAGGGACCCCGAGAGGAAGCAGCGGUGGAUCGCGGCCGUCAACCGCCAGGGUUGGGCGCCCAAUGACGGCAGUCGACUGUGCAGCACCCACUUCAUCUCCGGUAAACAAGUGAAGAACCCUCGUUCACCAGACUAUGUUCCUUCUGUGUUUACGCCCCUUUCUCUUGACAUGAAAGAGCCAAAUCCACCAGAGGUCCCAGACAAGCAGGAAGCUCGCGUGGAGGCAGCCAAUGCCCUGCUCUUCCUGCAGUGUCAGGGUGGGUCCGAACCAGAAGAGGCAAGUCCAGUUAAGGCCAACGUCGAGGGUAGCGGGUUAUUGCUAACGGAUGAUGACGAUGAAGAAUCUUUGAGUGAUGACAAGGAUGAAACAUUUUCACAGACGUCCAUCGUCAACUUUGAUGAUGUUUUCAAAGCACUCAGACGGGAAAAUCGAGCUCUGCGCGAGUCAGUUGAGAAGAUGUCCCUGUCAGAGAACUGCCUGAGGAACGACGCCGAGAAGGUGAAGUUCUACACAGGCCUGCCAAACUUCUUUGUGCUAGAGACGGUCAUGCUGCUCUUGUCACCGCACAUGGAUGCCAUCAGGAAUGCCAAGCUGUCGAAGUUCCAACAGCUUCUGCUCACACUCAUGCGUCUGCGCCUGGACCUGCGCAAUCAGGACCUGGCCUAUCGCUUUGGUGUCAAAGUGGGUACAGUGGUCCGUACUGUGAACCAUGUGAUCAACAUCAUGUCUUCCACCCUGGUUCCCACUGCUGUCUUUUGGCCCUCCCGAGCCGAACUGCGGAAGAACCUCCCUGCAGCCUUGCAUUCCUCCUGCCCGGACUGCGCUGUCAUUGUCGACUGCUUCGCUGUACCUUGCGAGGGCCCUGUCAUCAAGGACAACGAGAGGGGUGCAGCAGCAGCAGCUUGCAACGUGUUGAACUAUCUGAUUGGUGUAGCCCCGCAAGGUGUCGUCACUUUUGUUUCCAGAGGUGUCCUGGGAAACUUCAGCCCUCGGAACCUGGCUCAGGGUUCUGGAUUUCUGUGUAAGCUUCUCCCGGGCGACGUGGUUUUAGCCAGCCGGGACCUGGACAUCUCUGAUGCAGUGGCUGCCCGUGGGGCUCGCUUUGACAUCGCCGGCUGCCCUGAAGACGGCUCGAGUCAGAGGGCGGAGGGCUCGCCGCCCGAAACACUGGAUGUGCAGGCUCAUGUGGAGAGAGUAGUGUCAAUGGUGAGGCAGAGGUACACCAUGCUCACCGGCCCUGUGGAAAGGGCAUUCACCACGACCGCAGAGCGCACCUCCAACCUCUCGACAUUUGACAAGAUUGUACAAGUAGCUUGUGCCUUAAACAACUUGUGUAUCUCUGCUGCACCUCUCGAGUGACCCUUUUUGUUUUUUCCUCGAGUUACUCUAUUAGCAUUUGUUAGGCACAGUCUUAGGACCAUUUAGUCUGGUAUAAUUCAAGUCUCGGCUGAUUAGUUGGAUCGUAAACUGUCUGAUUGGCAGUCUCACCUUCAUCUCCAGUUAGGUUCUGGGAAGCAGCAACACUCAGAACCUGGUGGAGGGUUGCAGAUUUCUGCACAAGCUUCUCACCCAGGUGUGGAAGUUCUGGCCAGGUACAUGGACAUCGCUAUCUUAAUCUGUUGUAUUUGAACUCCUUACUAUUGCCUGGGCAAAGAAUAGGUACAGGAAUGCCUCAUAAUGUCAUAAAUAGUCAUAUUUACAUACUCACCUUUGUCUCAGGUUUAGUUCUAGGAACUGUCAUCCCUCAAAACCUGGUGGAAGGUUCAGGAUUUCUGUGCAAGCUUCUGGGUGACAUUCUGACCAGCCGAGAUCUGUACAUUGCCGGUUCCAAGGAGCUGGGAUGUCAGGAUCUCUGGUCGAUAUCAGAUAUUCUAGGGAUGUCACCGUAGUCGCGGUCUAGUGUAAUUAAACUUUAGUUAGUCUUCCCGGGACAUAUAGAAGGAACAAGGUCGGGAGCAGCCUGUAAGAUCUCAAACUUCUCUGAUGGGAGUGGUGACCUUCAUCGUCAAGUAGUUUGGGAUUUCUCCAGCCCUCACAAGAAGAGCCAAGGUUACGGAUUUAUGUUGAUGCUUCUCACGGGUAAUGUGCUGCUGGUAUUCUGGAAUCUGGACAUCAGUAGUCUCCCGGCCAUCAACGGGGCCUUGGUUUGGGAUUCCUGGCCACAAUGAAAAUGAUAUUCAGGUUGUGCAGACCCACAUGGACAAAGAGGAGUCAUCUCACCCCGAUCAUAUGAGUCGAUUGUGCCUUCAACUUUUGUAUCUAUGCUGCUUUUCUCCAGUAUCUUGUUCCACAUCUUUGCAGUUCAUUCCUAUCAAAGUCUUGUGUGGCUCUCAAAUCCAACUGCUCCCUGAUAUUAGUCCAAUUUGGUUGGGGGGGGGUGGAGAAGACAAUUCACCCUCUGUCCGAUCAAGUUUAUUUUGAGUGUACGAUAUAUGUUGAUGUAAAAUUGAUGUCUUCCAGAAGAGGUGAUCUGUUUACUUGUAGUACCGUUUCAAUUGCCAGUCUGUACAGCAAACUUUGGUGUUUAUAUUUUCGCAAUCAAUGAGAGGAGGUGCAGAUGUUCCACGGCUUGCUUUGCCAGCAGGGAAUUGGGCCAAAUUAACCCCAGAAAGCAAAUUAGAGGUCCAGAGCAACAGUUCUCAUGAUGAUGGAGUACGAUUUUUGACACAAGCAAACUCGUUAGUAUACCUAACGUAGCAAAGUGGUAUUACAAGUUAUAUUUUUCAGCACUUUAGUCAUAAUAAUCACUCCAUUAAAGAGGAACUAAACCCAUACAGUAUUCCAAAUGUGCAGAUUUAUAAGUGUGUGAAUUCAGGAGAUUGGGACUUUUUUUCAGGCAAUUCCUGCUCUUUAUUCACUAACAAAACCAUCCAGUUAAUAAAUAUUCAGGAGCAACAGCCUACAUGUUCCGUAUCAUUACAUGUGAAAGGGUUAGACUAUAAAUCGUGAUUAUGAUGAAAAUUGUGAUGAUCUACACGUACCUAUAGUUUGGGGUAUUUCGAUCUGAUCACGUAUUUGAAAAUUGUUUGAUCAAACGGGUGUCAAACGUAUUGGUAUCGUUUGAAAAAGAUUAGUUUUAUUAAUUUUCUGGAAUUUUGAAAUUUACAAAGUGAUACAAUAAUAGAAAGGUACAAAGAUGUUGAUAUAAUUGCUUACUUUUAUACCUAAUAAUUUUUCUGCGUUAUUUUAGUAUAGCUAAUGAGUGUCCCUCUCUCUCUCUCUCUCUCUCUCUCUC